AGCAAAGUAUCUGUUUCUUCAACCAACCAUUACUAAAAUCUCUUCCCACCAUCUUUCAUCACCAAGAAGAAGAAGAUGGAGUUCCCUGCAGGCUUCCAUGAUCCAUCUUCAUGGCAUUCUUUCUUCAACUAUCAUCUCCUCUCUCCCCAUCAUUUCCUCCCUGAAAACCAUGUUCAUUGGAGAGAGACCCCAGAAUCUCACAUCUACUCUGCUGAUCUUCCAGGAGUGGAGAAAGAGAAAAUAAGGGUGGAGGUUGAAGAUUCAAGGUAUCUGAUAAUAAGAACUGAGGGGGGGAACGACGAUGAAUCAAUGCCGGCGACGAGAAGCUUCAUGAGAAAGUUCCGGCUGCCGGGAAUGGUUGACGUGGACGGGAUCUCCGCCGGGUACCGGGACGGAGUGUUGACUGUGACAGUUCCGAGAUCCUUUGUGAGGAGGAGGGGAGUCCUCCUCAUUAACCCUACAGAGAUUUUGGAUAGGGUGAGUUUUGGUGCAAGUGCUGCUUGACUCAUCAAAUUUAUUAUGGUUUAUUGAAUGGCAAAGAAUCAUAUGAUUAUUUUGUAUUUGGUUUUCAUUUUUUUUUUUUUUAAAGCUCCUCCUAAGAGCAAUGUAUAGCUUUUGUUUGGUGACUUUGUUAAAUUAAGAAUAUAUUUAUUAUUUA